GUAGGCCAGAAUAAAUUCAAUAUUUUCAUAAACUUUUCACAAAAUAAUAAUACAAUUGUGUAUGGCCGAAUCAAAGUGAUAAUGUUGACAUUCAAUAUGGCGGUAUGUCGUCAGUGCUAUGCUGUGUCGUGCUUGUGAGAGUCGGGUCAGGACGUAUCAGACAGUAACCGCACACGAUACACCCUCCCGAACCGAUCUAAUGCACCGCAGAGCUCCGAUUCAGCAAGCAUUGAAGACAUCUGAGGAUAUAUUUUAUCAUAGUCGUAGUUUUAUUUUAUGUUUCAACAUUAGUGGUUUUGGUGUUUAAAUUGUGACUGCAAUCUAUCUCAGUGGUGUUCUCUUGAACACAAAGACUAAAAAAUGUGAUUUGAUUUAAAAAUACUGCUGCUGUUUAGGAACUUGAACACCACGCGAUUUUCUGUGAUACUUAUAUUCAUUAAUAAAACUGAGAUUUUCGACCUAUAUACAAGGAAUACAGUCAAAAAGCAAUGUCCAGUAAUCCUCAGUGGAAAAUGUUCCAACCGCCAGAUUCCCACCCGUCUCCCCUGCAGGAUAUACUAGACCUCCAGCACUCAAACAUGCAGGCAAAACAGGCCUACCGCAAUGGCACCUUCAGCAGUGAGUACCCCAGCUCACCCAGGGACAACUUUAGCAACAUGAGUAAGACGGGUGGUGGCAACCGAUUCCCUCUCGGCAACUACAACCUGGAUGGGUGCCCCAUGGGUGACUCCGUCGGAGUAUACUCAUCUUCUGGCUCUACCAACAACUCCUCAUCUCAAUAUGACUCCAUGAACCACCCCCCUAUAAGAGAGACCGGAAUCAUUGAAAAACUAUUGCAUUCAUAUGGAUUCAUACAGUGCUGUGAGAGGCAAGCGCGCUUGUUUUUUCACUUUAGUCAAUUCAGUGGAAAUAUUGAACAUCUUAAAAUCGGAGACCCUGUGGAAUUUGAAAUGACAUAUGACCGGCGCACUGGGAAACCCAUCGCAUCCACAGUCACUAAGAUUGCUCCUGAAGUGGUGCUGAGCGAAGCUCGCGUCACCGGUACGGUCACGACUGAGGUGAAAGGUGAAGGAUCUGGAGAUAAUACAGGGAGAAUUUCAUAUGAGAACCGCGGUGAAUGUUUUUUCUUACCGUACACAAAAGAUGAUGUUGAGGGUAAUGUGACAUUACGCACUGGUGAUGCUGUGAGCUUCCAGAUAGCUACUAACCAAAGGGGAACUCUGGGCGCCUGCCACGUAAGGUUUGAAAAUCCCGUUCAUCCAGUCAAGUAUCAUGGCGUUGUCUGUUCUAUGAAAGAAAAUUUUGGAUUCAUUGAAAGAGCGGACGUGGUGAAAGAAAUAUUCUUUCAUUAUUCUGAAACUAAAACUAAGGAAGAUUUAACUCUCGGAGAUGACGUCGAGUUCAUCAUCCAGACUAGAAACGGCAAGGAGGUGGCGUGCAACAUCACCAAGCUGCCCGGCGGCUCGGUGGUGUUCGAGGACGUCAGCCCCGAGGUCAUGCGCGGCCAGGUGCUGAAGCCGCUGGAGCGCGGCGCCGCGCGCGCGCCGCAGAACGACCCGCUGCCCGGCCGCAUCCGCUACCGCGCCGCCGACCACUCGGAGGUCGAGGUGCCGUUCGGCGACAAGGACCAGUGCGGCGAGUUCACGCUGCGGCACGGCGACUGGGUGCAGUUCCAGGUGGCCACGGACCGGCGCGACCAGCUCAAGCGCGCCACCAACAUCUCGCUGCUCGACGAGUCCUUCAACGUCUCCGGCGAGCGGCGCGAGCAGGGCGUGGUGUGCUCGCUGCGCGAGGGCUUCGGCUUCAUCCGCUGCGUGGAGCGCGACCAGACCAUGUUCUUCCACUUCGCGGAGGUGCUGCGCCUCGGCCACGAGCUCUCCGUGGGCGACGAGGUGGAGUUCACCGUGGACCCGGUGAGCUCGUUCUCGAACAUGAGCUCGCGGCAGUCGGCCAUCCGCAUCAAGCACCUGCCGGCGGGCUCCGUGAGCUUCGAGGCGCUGCUGGAGCGCGGCGUGCGCGGCGUGGUGACGCGCGAGCCGCCGCCCGCCAGCCCCACGCACUCGCACGAGCCCCAGGAAUCCAACGGACUCAUCACGUGUCAGAUCAACGGAGCCAAGAAGUCCAUCCCGUUCUCCGCCAAGAAGUGCGAGUCCAAGAUGAGCCCGCGCCUCGGCGACAAGGUCGUGUUCGACGUCUACCAGGUGAAGCGCAGCAAGGAGCUGGUGGCGCAGGGCGUGGCGGUGGCGGUGGCGCCGGGCGCGGCGGGCGCGGGCGCGGGCGCGGCUCCCAACGGCGCCGGCCGCCCGCUGGUCUACGGCUUCAUCGCCGCGCUCAAGGACGGCUUCGGCUUCAUCGAGACCGCCGACCACACCAAGGAAGUCUUCUUCCACUUCAGCAACCUGGACGGGUCGCCGGACGCGCUGGAGCCGGGCGCCGAGGUGGAGUACAGCGUGGGGCGCGGCGGCGCGGGCGGCGGCGGCUGCGCCAGCGCCGAGUGGGUGCGCGCGCUGCCGCGGGGCUCCGUGCCGCUGGCCGCGCCGCUCGAGCCCACGCUGCACGGCACCGUCACGCGCACGCUGCGCGCGCUCAACCCCGACCAGCAGCACUACUCAGGCAUGAUCCAGGCGGACGGGUCGGGCGCGGCGUACGAGUUCGGCAUCACGGGGCUGGCGUGCAAGCGCGAGAUCCUGCAGGUCGGCGACCCCGUGACGUUCCAGGCCGACGCCGACGGCCGCGCCGCCAACAUCGUGCCCGUGCGCAAGAAGCGCCGCGCCACGGUCGAUGCCAUCAAAGGUUCACACGCAUGCGGGUUCGGCUUCCUGUCGGUGGAGGGCGAGGACUGCCGGCGGCUGUUCUUCCACAUGUCGGAGGUGCGCGGCAACCCGUCCGAGCUGGCGCCCGGCGACACCGUGGAGUUCGUCAUGCUCACCAACCCGCGCAACGGCAAGUCCUCCGCCUGCAACGUCGUCAAAGUCGCCAAGACCGCGGGCAAGACGCGCGGCGAGCGGCCGGAGCGGCUGCUGGCGCGCCUGCGCACGGCGUCGCUGGAGGAGGCGGCCGGGCCGCGCGUCGUGGUGCUGCGCGCGCCGCGCGGGCCCGACGGCGGCCGCGGCUUCCGCCCGCGCCGCCCGCUCGCCGACCUCCUGGCGGAAUGAGGAGCGCGCGCCGCUGCGCAAGCCUGAACACUCUACAGCUAUGUAGGACACCUGUGGUUUGAUUUCAAAUUCAAAAUGUUUCUUUGUAUUCAUGAGAGACUGACUGAUCCUCUUUCUGUAGAAGCAUUUAAAAUUAUUUUGUUAAUAUUACUCGCCGUAGGGAAUAAAAUUGUAAUAAAUUAUUGUCAGCUCGCGCAUGUCUCAGCCGACCGCGCGGCGCGAGCGACGUGGCGCGGUCACGUGAGGAACAUAUCAAGUUAUGAACCGAUUGUUUGUUGUUGCACGUUAGAGCUCAUAAGAGGUUCUUUUUCGCAUAGAGACGUUGUUCAAAAUUCCGCGCUGCUUGUUGGUUUGCCAAGUUCCGGCGGCGACGCGGCCGGCGUGUACAUAGUGUGUGACGCUUGCACCCGACACCGCUCCAACUGGCGAGUGCGAGUUAAAUUAUUAAGAAUGGACUUUGAUUUGUACAGUAAUGGUAAUAAGUGUUUAUAGUCGUGUUGGUAUGAUAUAGAUCGCUCGGCACGCGCGCGGUGCCGCGGAGCCCCGCUUCGCUUGCGGCGGCUCGUUGCUGAUAAUGUUAGAUCUCGCGAAACUUCCUGUGAUUUUUGACGAACUUAAAUUUCCGUGCAAUACAUUUUGUAAUAAUGAAUAUUGGAUGUGUUACUGGUAGGCGAUACUAGAGUUAGAGACGCGCGAGCGCCGCCGCGCGGCCGCGCGACGCUUCGUACUCGUGUCUCGUAUGCAAUGAACUGGAAUGGAACCAAAGACUGAAAAAUAUUUAUUACAAUGAUAAUAUUGGUAUUAGAUUAUGUUAAUUAACCUUACGUCGAGAGCCCGCCGGCGUCGCCGCUUGAGCCGCCGCACAACGCUUCGACGUUAUCGUAGUUAAUCUUCACAGUCAGAUUUUUAAUUUGAGAUCACAACUGUAAAUAAACUCAUAUCGUUGUCAAACUGGUAUUCGUUAACAUUGUUGGAUUGUACUCAGUCGCUACUUAGGGCGCUUUCAAUUUAGACGUUUGGUGUCGGUCGUCGUGCGUUUGCAGGUCACGCGGUAAAUUGUAUGACAACUGACUCGGAAUAAAAUUGACUAUAGUGUGUGGUCUUGCAAACGCACGACACGUGUGACACGUGCCAAGCGUGUUGUUGUGUGAACAACUCGCCUUGGAUCCGAUGACGUCUUGAAACCGGCUUUGAUUUAUAAUCAUUGGUGGAAAUACUGAUUCAAUGUUGUUCAAAUGCCGAUGGCGGGAGAGUUCAAUUUCGAAUUUUAAGUCUAAUACAAAUUAAUUCUGACUUAAAUAGAAAGACACGGGUCUUAACGCAACAUUUAUUAAUGAGUUACGUUACGCACUCACGGCUUGACGUUUAGGGUCUUUCUAUUUAAGCAGAAAUGGAACGCGAAAGUUCAAAAUCUUAAAUUUAUUCUGUUACAACAAAUAAAAGGACACUAAAAUAUGUCAUAUCCCUGGUACUAGUCAAAGACAACGCCAAAUAUUAAGUCUGGAAUAAGGAAAUCGUACCAAAAACAUAUUCAUGUAAAAUGUCAAAAGGAACCGUAUAGCUCGUCGUAUGACUGGUCUGGAAAAAGUUAUCAAAUCUCAUGUAUAGCCAAGCUUCUAACAGUACACCUCAGUCUAAACAUGUGUCAUGACCGUUUCGCUGUCGUACGUGGGCGUAAGGUGAAAAUGUAUUCACUGCUCAUUACUUUUCUGUUAUGCUAUCUCUUACGAUAUAUUGGAAAGUCCGAUUUGCCGAUUUCUGCAACUUUUUACAGUGAUAUGUAUAAUUUAAUAUCCUUACUACUUCUUUCUACUACUACUUACUACUACUACUACUUACUACUAUUAUAAGGGGUGAAAACGAUAAGUGAUCUCACUUGAUUAUUUCUUAACUAUUGAUAUCAAGAAACUGGUUACCUACUGAUCCUGAAAGAGCUUCACGAGCUUUAUUAAACGGUGUCAUUUGUAGGUUACAUAGCUACAAACAUUGAAUUUUUCAAUAGAUUCACUUUAUUGAAUCUAUUGAAAAAUUCAAUGUUUGUAGCUUCCAUACAUUUAGUACCUACAGUCACAUGGAACAUCAUCUCUUGCAAAAAAGCCUAAAACCAAUGUUUUCCAUGAAUAAUUUUAAAUAGGAAUGCAAUUCACGAGUUUCUUCUGAGUUAAUUUUUUUAACAGUACUAGUAAGUUGUGGCAGCUAAAUGUAUGGAAGCUGGAAACAUGAAUUUUCGAACUCAAUUUUGAUGUCGUUGGUUAUAGCUUAUGAAAAAUUCGCUUAUUUUGUAUAAAUGGUCAUCCAUAAAUUCAAAUUCAAUAACUCUUAUCAUCUCCUUAAGUUUGGCACGCUCUUUACGGGACACCCUGUAUACUAGUUAACUAUUUUCUGGAGAGUGCAAAGCAAAAGGCAAAUGCAUGGCAAAAGGUACGACAAAUUAUUAAGGACAUCAAAUGUGCUUGUUUUGACAUAUAAAAAGGUUUUAAAUAACCUAGCUAUUAAUAUUGUCACGAUCAUUUACUAAAAAAAUUGUUGGUAUAAUUUUGCCAAACUUUAUUUAAAGAAAAAUUUUUUUGAUUUUGUGUAGUGCAGCACUCGGCGCGGCUCCGGGCGCUCGGGAAGGCCUUCAAUGUUCUUGAAGUUAUUUGUACUUGUACACCACUACACGUGUGACAAGUACUAGUAAUAUAACCCAGUAACACCAUAAUAGUGUGCAGGCUUUAUCAAACAUUUAUAUUUAAUUUAAAACCAGUGAACCUGCAUACUAAUAAUACCUUUUACUUAAAACAUUAAAGCUACGCAUUGGAACUAAAAAGAUUUUAAGCUUUAAUUUGCAUCCAGUGAAGUUCCGAAUUUCUUAAUGCUACGCGAAGUUGCAGUGGCGGUCGCAGGCACUUGUACCCAACUGUCUGUAAAUUAAAUUUAAUGUACAAUGUAAAAACUUUAAUAAAUUACAGUUAAUUUA